AGGAUGCUAAUUGGGUCAGGAGGACUAUGUGAGAGGGGGGUGAGUUCUUUUCAUCUCAAGAGCCCGGCCACUCAGUCCCGAGUCCGGACCCAGCAGCCGCUGGUCCAAGCUGCAGCUUUUCCUAUAUGGAUAGAAAGGCGGCCCAGAUUCUGUCUAAGUAUGACGGAAAGGACGACAUCGAAUCUUGGAUCAGCUCCAUGCGAUCCUACUUCGAUGUGUUGGGGACACUCCCAGUUACCCAGUCGUCGGUCCUAGGGACCAAUGUGGAACCCGCCGUGAGAGGAUUCUUGGAAAUCCAAGUUGUACAAGCAGGCUAUAAAAGGAUAGACCUGAACAAAUGGUUGAAGGUUACGCCCGUAGCCACACUCGAAGAGCUCUUGAUCAAACAGUAUGYUGAUCCACAUGCUGCAGCCMAGGCUAGACUSAAGCUUGACAAGCUCAAGCACAGCAAGUGGACCGGCACCAUGCACAGCCUGCAGCAGUAUGUUAGUAAACUCUUUGCUACUCCGGAUCUGGAGAUGACUGCGCAGUCCUGUCUGGAUGUGAUAAAAGGUACGGUCCCCUCUACUAUAAAAGAUCGCCUAGGGCUCGAACUCAGCGCAUAUACAGAUUGGCUUACCCUCAUGCAGGACUUAGUCAAGCUGGAGGCACAAGACCUCCCGGGUGAAUCAAGUGGCAAAAAGACCAUCGACCGCAAACGGUUUCCAGGCAGCAACCGUUUUGAGGCUGACGAGGAGACCCUCGUGGAGGAAUCUUCUCUUGAUGACGAUCAAGAGCAAGACUGCGGGGCAUCUUGCUCUUUGUCAGCCCAUGAGUCUAAGUAUGUGAACGACGAUGAAUCUAUGAACGCCUUCACAAAGAAUGCCUUUAAAAGUGGAUGCAAAGUCUUCAGCAAGAUCGAUCUCAAGUCUGGCUACCACCAGAUUGAAGUCGAUCCUGCAGACCAGCAUAAAACUGCAUUCAAAACUCGCGAUAGGCUGUACGAGUUUACAGUCAUGCCCUUCGGUCUCACGAAUGCGCCAUCCACCUUUCAAAGUAUCAUGGAUAAGGUAUUUCGCAAUCAGAUCAACCGAUUUGUUGUUGUAUAUCUGGAUGACAUACUAAUCUUCAGCAAAUCGAUGGAGGAGCAUAUGAGACACCUUGAGGAAGUGAUGCAGGUCCUCAAGGACACGCAGCUCCAUCUCAACUUGGAGAAAUCUGAGUUAGGGAGGGACAACGUCAUCUACCUUGGACAUCGGUUGUCUGCUGCAGGCCUAGAGCCCGAGGCAACCAAAGUUGAGGUCAUCCGAAAAUGGCCUCAACCUGCGAAUGUCCGCGAGUUGCGUUCUUUUCUUGGUCUUGCGUUGUACUACCGUAAGUUUGUGCCCAAAUUCUCUAUCAUCGCCCGUCCGCUGUCUAGACUAACAAGCAAGAAUGUGUCCUACAUAUGGGAUGAGGAAUGCACGACAACCUUCAACGCCUUGAAGGAGGCUUUGGUGACUCAUGCGGUGCUCCGCAUUGCGGAUCCCAAGCUUACGUUCGUAGUAACUACGGAUGCAAGUUUGUAUGGGAUUGGUGCAGUGCUGCAGCAAGACGAUGGUGAUGGCCUACGUCCGCUUGAAUACUACAGCAAACGCAUGCCCAGUCACAAGGUAGCUGCUUCCACUUACAUACGAGAGCUCUAUGCCUUGAGAGAGGCACUGGAUCAUUGGAAACACUACCUCUUGGGUCGCCAUUUCAAAGUGUUCUCAGAUCACGAGACUUUGAAAUGGAUUCAGACACAGAUUAAUCCCUCAACCACAUUGACCCGCUGGCUGCAUGAGAUUGAUGUGUAUGAUUUUGAGAUUAAGCACAAGAAAGGCUGUUACAAUCGAGUUGCGGAUGCUUUGCCUCGCCACCCUGAGUACAUGACUUGCCUUGUGGGUUCCUACGAUCUUCGUGAAAAUUUGAAGGAGGAACUCAUUGACCAUACUGCCAAGGAUUCGGAACUCAGUCCCAUCCUUGAGCAGAUUCGGGCUGACCCUAGCAGUCAGCCUGAUUUCCAUGAAUGUAAGGGCCUUCUCUUCCGACGCUACGGGAAGCGUGACUGAUUGUGUGUGCCCAACCAUGAGCCGAUCAUGACUCACUUCUUGGAUUUGGCUCAUGGUCGGAGUGGACAUUUCGGUGUUGAGAAGACAUACGGGAAUCUGUUGGAAAAGUUUGUGUGGCCUGGAAUGAAAAGAAUGGCACAAA